UCGGUGCAAGAUAUUGCGAUUUAAGUGGAAGUGUAUGAGUAGUGUCUGUUCCUUGGGGAAUCAUUAGGAUCAUUCGAUUUGCUCAUAUUUUGAGAGAUAUUAUUCUGCUGUUUCAAGUUCUAGUUUGGAUUCUGCCAGACUUCGCAGCGCCCAUUCUGAUGGUGAUUUUUCCGGAAUGCCGAGAAUUCUACAGAGAGCUGAAGAAACAUUUCCUGCUGAGACAGAAAGGAUGAACUGUACAAAUUCAGAGAAGGUUGUAGUGGGUCCGUCUGGUGAGACACACCCAGCAAGUCAUGAUGCAAUCCAGGCCAUGACUAUAAAAGCUGAGGAAGUCUCAGAGUCACAAGAGGAAGCUGAUCCUGUGCGAAUAACAUUUCAGGAAGUAAAGGCUGAACCUGAGAACUGUACAAAUUUGGAGAAUGCUUUAGUGGUUCCACAUGGUGAGACAUACCCAACACCUCAUGAUGCAAAUCAGGCCAUGAAUGUAAAAGCUGAGGCAGUCUCAGAUGCAGAAGAGGAAGAUGAUCCUCUGCCAGUUGCAUGCAUCCCACAGCUCUGGUCUCUUGUGCUGAACUGCAUCACAAAGAUGACGGAGGACUUCUUGGUAGUACUCCUUAUUGACAGUUUGUCCUAG